GGAUCUUUAUGACCAAACCCCUAUCUACGUCAUUUCCGAAAUUUGAGAGAGGAGACAGAAGUGAGAUGGCAGAGCUGUCACUGUAUCUUACUAAUGUCAACAUCUCUUUGGGGAAAGCUAUGGACGCUGAAAAGGUGCGAUUAUUACCAUUUUAGACCUGUUCUCAUGAGUUUAACAAACAAAAAAACGAUUGUGUGUUGUGUUUGUUUUAGCUAGCGAUCUAACGUUACUUCCUUGUAGCAUCAGCAGCUAGCUAUAUAUCUAGCUAUCUAUCUCGAACGUGAAUAAAUAUGUGCAUGCUGUAGGCAAUUUUUUCACAAUUAUACCACAUACAUAGUUAGCUACCAUAGUUGCAUAGACAGCUACGAAGCAAUCACUCACAGAAACUGCUUGAAAAACCUUUUGGAUUUUUUUCAUUCAAAUGGUGAUUUACUAACCUCAUAAUAAUGUGAGACAAAUGUCAAAAGCCCUAUAAUGUAGCUGCUACGUUUUCUAUUGGUAACAUGGUAGUAAAAUCCUGUUUCUACCAGCUGUAACCAAACACGUCUUGAGAAUAGACUGUUUUUGUUGUUGUUGUUGUUGAUUAUGAUGAUUGACAGAGCUCCAAUAUGGUGAAGGAGUUUGAGAGUGUGGAGCUGGGAGACAUAGGGAUGAAGAAGCAGAAGGUGCCCCGUAGAACGAUUUACUUUGCCAGUGGAGAGACCAUGGAGGAAUACAGUACAGAUGAAGAAGAAGAGGAGGAAGUGCAAGCUUCUAUAGCUGUUAAGACCUCAGCUGACCCUGUUGGUUUUUAUGCCCUUAUAAAUUAAAAUGUGACUUUACUCCAUUACAUGAGCUUGAAUAGAAUGAAACAUUCCUGCAUUUCGUUAACUUUGUUUUCUUCUUGUGUCAUAUUUUUGUUACAGUCCAGGUUGACUUGGGGUCCAUAUUUUUUGUUUCACAUGUGGAGAGUGGCAACCUCCACUAUUUCAGGUAAAUGUGGUUUACGUAUACUAGACUCUAAAUAUACACACAUAUGAUGAGUGUCAAAAUAUAGCCUAUAUAAAUGUAAUGCUCUGUGUCUUGGAAAUACUGUGCCUCUGCCUUGUGCUUUUCACUUUCAGUUUGUGACUAUCUUGGGGAGAGAAUGGCCUCAUUGUUUGGUAUUACCUCACCCAAGUACCAGUAUGCUAUUGACGAGUACUACAGAAUGAAAAAGGAGGUACGUUGUCUUGUGUAUGGGGAAGCAUCUACUGACAGACCUUGGAAUGCUUCAUUACUACUAAUGUGUUACUACUAUUUUGUCACUACUCCUUGUUACUACUCCAAGGUGCAGUUUAAUGUUCAUGUUGUGACUGACAGGAGGAUGAGGAGGAGGAGGAGAACCGGCUGUCUGAGGAGGCAGAGCGUCGUUUUAAGGAGGAGCGCGACCAGGAGAUCCAGCAGCCAGCCAUGGAGCAGCCGGAGGGCAAAGCCUCCUUCGUCAACGUCACCUUCGAGCUGGAUCAAGAUGCCACACCUGAUUCCAACAGAUUCCCUGCCCCCAUCCCCACCGAACAGUUCAAUUAAAUUGACAUCUUCACAUUUCACAAUGUAGCCUCCUCAGCAUUUUUGCUAUAGUGUAGUUCUUAUUUUUGUAUCAUAUUGAUCAUGUUCUA